AUGGCAGCCUUGGAAAUAGUUCAGCUGGAGCCUGGCAAGGUGAUUGACAAGUGGGAGGUCGUCAAGAAACUUGGGGAAGGAGGCUUCGGUAAAUAGUAUCAUUCCCACUUUCUAAGUCAUUAUUCAAAUACUUUAGGCGCUGUCUACAAAGUAAAGGACGCGAAUGACUUUUAUGCCCUCAAAGUGGAAGGUAUCAACGAGCCGAUUCAAGUCCUCAAAAUUGAAGUUAAUGUCCUUCAAGUAAGUGAUGUCGAAGGGAAUGAGAAAUGCCAGUUUAGGAGCUGAAUGAGCGUGGAGGUCGUCAUCAUUGUCGCCUGGAAGGUAAAGGUCGCGUUGGGACCUUCAAUUAUCUCGUCAUGUCUUUGGUUGGGAAAUCCCUGCAGGAACUUCGAAAAGUAAGUGAUGCAGCCAGGGGAUUCCGUUGCGAAAGGACAAACGAUUUGAUAUUAUGCAAUCUUUAAAACAUUUAUUCCAGGAUAAUGAGAACGGGUACUUAACAACUGGAUGUGCUGUCAGUGUGGCAAUCCAGUGCCUUGAAGCCUUGGAAGAUCUACAUGGAGUCGGUUAUCUCCAUAGAGAUAUCAAACCUGGAAAUUACACUAUCGGCAGAGCUGAGGCCAAUGAAAUCAGAAAGGUUUACAUCCUCGACUUUGGAAUGUGCCGGAAGUAUAUCGAUGAGAAUGGAGUCAUCAAGAAACCGAGGAAACUGGCUGCCUUCAGGGGUACUGUAAGAUAUGCCUCGAUUGCUUGUCAUAUGCAAAGAGAGUUGGGACGAAAGGAUGAUGUGGAGACUUGGCUGUAUAUGGCUGCUGAACUUACUCAUGGCAAUUUGCCUUGGAAAACUAUUCAGGACUUGAAUGAGGUAAGUAAUUCGCUAUGUACAGUGUCUACAUUUCAGGUUGGAGAUUACAAACGUCGAUGCAAAGCAAUGCCUUACAUUCUGGAGGUCUAUCAAGGGUGCCCUAAGGGUUACAUCGACAUUGCCAACCAUGUUCAUUCCCUCAAAUACUACGAUCCCCCAGAUUAUGAGAAUUAUUAUAAAAUCCUCAGGAAGACCUUCGUCGGAAUGGGAAUCAGCGAAUUUCCUUAUGAUUGGGAGAAAAAGGAAUAG